GCAACGAAAAGUAAACAAACUGUCAAUAUACCUACUGUCGGAAUUUUCAUCACAAUUUGUUUUUGUGUUCCCGUCUGGUGUGAAUCCUUUUUUGGGAUUUCAAACAUUUACCGGCAACGGUAGUCAAAAUGGCCUAUUGGUCCGGUUGGAGGUGUCCCGUACAUUGUAGUCCUCAGUAGUGCGUGUGGAUUUAGUUUGUGAUAAAACCAGAACCAGACCAAAUAACCCAACAUGAGCGAUUUAGAUGACCCGCUGUCCGGGCAGCAACAGCAGCAACAACAGCAGCCUCCAACACAAACCACACCACGCAGUUCCCUCGGUUCGGGUGCGCUUUCGUACAGCAAUUCCUCCAUCUCACCGUCGACAAGUUCGAGCAGCUCCGGUUCGGCCAAAUCCGCCGUCAGCGAGUGCCUGGGCGCCUGGCUAAACUAUCUGCAGAUUAUGAACAAUCUGUGUGCGGCCGGUUACCGGCUAGCACAAACGAUUGCCGCACUCGAACCAUGGGCGUACUUUGAACAACCGAAUUCCACCGCCGGCGGUGGCCCAUCGUCCGGAGGAAGCAAUCCGUCGGGUGGACCCUCCCCGCCACAGUCACAGCAGCAGACGGGGCCCCAAAUACCGCAGCUUCCCUUCACAACAUCGCAGAUCCCAUCACAUAUGGCCUUUCAGUUCAUUACCGCCUGGGAUGAACUGGCUCGGGCCUCCGUUAUGGCAACGAGCACGGUGAAAUCGCAUAUCGUCAGCGUGCUGCAGGACUUCAAAACGCAACCGCUGGCCACAGUAGAGCAGGAAAGCGAACUGCUACAUAUCAAGGAAUACAAUCAGCUUAUUCUGCAGGACAAUGCACAAACGAUGAUCAAUCUACAGCAUCAGUUCUGUGUCGCUUCGUGUGAUGCGUUUGCGCAGCUGAUGUGCUGCUACCAGUGCCAGACACAGGUGGGAUUUCCGCACGAUCCAGAUUGCCCGAUGGUACAGCAUCCGAUGUCGGCUGCAGCAACAAUUGCACGUACCGGCGGUGCAACAGACCAACGCUCCCAAACGCCAUCGCCCCACUUUGGCAUGAAGAUGCAGGAAAACGCCCGACUGUACGAUCGAACGGGAUCGAUCUCGACGCAGGGUUCCUCCUCCGAUCACGGCACAACGGCAUAUGAACAAACGCGUGGUCCUUCCCCGCACGAUAUCCGUGGACCGAGUCCAAUUCAGGGCUAUUUGGAUAACAUACGCGGACCACUUCCAAACCCUGGGCAUCUAUCGGGCAUGAAAGCGCCUUUCUAUCGGGGAUCGCGAUCUCCAUUAAAUUUCCCACUCUUCACGCUAAAUGGACAGCGACGCUGGUCGGAAGCGGCGGCAGGGGAGGUAAAUUCCGAGGCCGCACUAGAUCCCGAAAGCCAAAUGCGCCGCUGGUCAAUGCCUUGGGAAGCGAAAGCAGAUAAAUCCACCGUACACUGGAACCAAACGCGCCUGAUGCCGAUCUCGAAGCUUGCCGUACCUGCUUCCGGUCCGGGACCGACACCCAAAUCUUCGCUGGGCGAUCGUAGCCAAAGCACAACGCCCGACUCGACCUGGCAUUCGUCAAUCACCAGCCAGGAUGGGCUGGUGGAAGCGAUACAAUUACUCUCCUGUAGACCAAUUCAUCGAAUGCAACCGAUGAUGAUGAUGGCACCGCCCAACAUUGGGCCACCGUUUGUCGAGGAACCAUCCGGGAUGCAGCAACAAGAAUCUCACAAUCCACCCGGGCUGUACGGUAUCUGGACGCAACAGAAUCCUCCCAGUGCCAUCUUGCGUCAGGCAACAGCGGGCACAAUGCAGCAGGACCGAAUGAUUCCGCUAAUGAACUAUAUUCGUGAGCAGGAUUCAUCCAUUGACGAAAAUCCACCAAACUAACUCAGCGCAUUAUUGCUAGUAAUGAACAAAACGGUACUACCGUGUUAUUAAUCCACUACCAGGCAACAGGUAAAGUAUUCCAUAAGGUUCAUUAGGAAGACACAUCAAACCAAAGCAUCAUAGUUCAUACCAAAACUCUUUUAAGACGGAUAUUGGAAUGCAAAUUUUAUACACAAAAGCAAACCAAAAAGUAACAAAAACCCCCACCGGGGAUGAUAUUUCGUACCCGAAUUUCUCACUUACCAGUCGUUUAAUUGUACUCAUAUAUUUAGAUACGUAAAAUGAUAUUCUACACACACACACAUACGGAAGAAAAAUGUCCUUGAGGCAUCGUUCGUAUUCAAUCAUGACAGAAGAACAAAGAAUGGAACGUUCACGCAUACACAUUAUACACGCGCGGUAUAACGCGCAUUUGAAUGUUAGGACUAACUGCAAUUCGAACUGAAUUCCCUAUUAUACAAUGCGUACUGUUUACGUGUUCCUUAGGCGGUUUCGAUAGUGAAAAAUUUACUUAAAAACACGCGUGUUCCUUUUCGAUUCACAAUUCCUCCCAUCUUCGUUAUUUAAAUUGGUCAUUAAAGUGGUUCACGAAUUUAGCUAAUAUGUGCAUAAAAGAAAAAUUAAACAUUAGUAGUUACGUGGAAGGUUUAUUGGUUUUCUGUACUAGACAAAUUUAUGUGGACUAAUGUUCGGUGUUUAUAAUAGUAACACAACUUAUAAUAAAUCUGGCUGUCCGACGAAAACAACAAUAUUCUAUUUCAUUUUAGAUUUUCAUCAUCGAAAACCUGUUUUUCAAUGCAAUUCAUAAAUUGAAUUCAACUGU